CAGCUGGUUCGUGCUCCGGAGCACUUGCAAGGUAGCUGGGAGCUUCCUGUGAAUUUGAUAAGCCCGCUGAUGGCGUGCCGAAACUGCACCAAACAUCCAAGUCGCAUGCGACACCUCCCAUCCCCUGAUUUCGAGAAUCCGUUCGCCGCUCGUUGGGCUGCACCCAGAAGAUGGCGGAUUAUUGGAAGUCGACUCCAAAUUACUGGUGCAAGCACUGCAAGGUAUACGUGCGCGACACCCAGCUCGAGCGCACCAACCACGAGGCGACGGCGAAGCACCAGAGCGCCGUCAAGCGCUCGCUGCGAGAACUGCACCGCGAUGCCGAGCUGAAGGAGCGCGAGAAGGAACGGGCGAAGCGAGAAGUCGAGCGUCUGAAUGGCGUCGUGUCCGGCCCGAGCAGUAGCGCAACCGGCGGCGCGUCAAGGUCGGGACCGGGGGCGAGACCGAGCGGCGGGGCUUACGGUGCGCCGCUGCAGCAGGUGUCGCCCGCAGAGCGUCAGAAACAGCUGGAGCAGCUUGCUGAGCUGGGCGUCAACAUCCCGACUGAGCUGAGAGGCGGCCUGGCGAUGGCGGGGGAGUGGACCGUCACCUCAACGAGGGUCAUCGAACAACAGACCAACGGAGACGCCGAGAACAAAGGGUCAUCCACCCCGGACAGCCGUGCCACUGGCGUUAAGCGAGAGCGAGAUCGGACCGAGGAAGAGAAGGAGCAGGAGGAGGCUAUCAAGGGCCUCUUCAAGAAACCCCGCAGAUGGGGCGUCGACUCCAAGGCCAUGCCGGCCGAGGAGGACGCCGAGCUGGACGCUUUGUUAAGCGAACCGCUGGCCAAGAUCAAGAAGGAGGAGAGCGAGACGCCGCCGACUAAGACAGAGGCCGACCAGGGAGAAGUUGCCGAGUCCGUGAAGCCAGAUGCGUCUCCUCCGGUCAAGAAGGAGCCAGAGGACGGGGGGAUCGGCUCCGGCGACGAACCCAGCUCGGAACCGGUACCCGGGCCUCCCAGCGAGGCCCCAGCAGUGAUGUUCAAGAAGCGGAAAGCCAAAAACAUACGGCAAAAAUAAUGCCAUGGUUCCACAACCGGCACGUAAGGAUCCGGCCAGUACUCACCAUGAAAGCAGUUUAGAUACUCACUUCUUUGCCCGUGAAGGUUACGUGGCCUCCGGACGCGUGUGGAUGGGCCCCAGGGCUACACAAACAACGCAUUACUCUCUUCCCAUCAAACGGCGUCCCCCUUCUUUGUGCUUAAA